CAAAACAACACCUUCGGUUCUCGGCGAAUUCACCUAAAGUUCACCCUCUCUGUGUGUAUAGACCCUUAGGGUCUUUCGCGGAUGAAAGGCGAGGGUGAGGUGAGAGAAGGCAUCUGGACAAGCCCCUUGCCAUUGAUCGAGUUGCCGUAACUUCUGCACGAGCGCCAGCCGAAACUUCGCAUUUAAGCCUUGAUGCCAAAGCACGGGCAUGGGUUUGCUGAGCGACCAGCACAGUCUCCAUUUGCUACAAGCUCAUCCUGCUCUCUCAAAAUGGAUGAUGGAAACAUGAGCCCACAGCCUUCUGAUCUGAAGCGCAAAGCCACCGCUGCGUAUUCUCUCUCCAAUGACGAUAGGGACAGAAGGCCGCCAAAAGUGGCCAAGCUGAUUGAUCCCGCGGACAAGCAUUCGACAAUGUCAGAUGUCAUCGGCAGACAAGCAGUACCACCAUUGCCAUCGGAGCCCUUGCAAGGCUUUCAAGAAAGUGCUUUCCACGAUUUCAGGGAAGCAGGAAAGGACACCACUCAAUUUGCACCACCUUUGGAAAACAAGGCAGAGAAGGAAUCUCUAGCUCUGCUCGAGCCUUCUACUGGCGAGUCUAGAGGAGAGACACCGGGCGAAAUUGAUGAUGGAGGGGUGGUGCGAAAAGUUUUUAAAGAGGCAGCCGAGAGGGUGCAUUCCACCGGAGGAAGUCAUGAUACAAACGGUGCAGCUUGCGCAGCUGAUGCGGCGCCUUCGAUGUGUGCACCAGAAGGGCAAACUUCCAAGGGCGUGCCUGACGGAACUAGAGAGGGGCUGGGAUUGGCAGGACAGGCGGUGCCGGAUCUUGCUGCUAAGGGGAUGGACUUGGACAAUAAGACGGCGAGCAAGGAGACUCAAAUGCAGCGCGAUGGGGCCCUGUGUGCGCACUUUUUAAAGAACCAAUGCCGCUUCGGCAACACUUGCAAGUUUUCUCACUCAGCGGGAGAGUCUGUGCGCCCUGAUUCGAAGCACACCCUUGGGCCAGUCAAUUCGAAGGGCAGUGACAGGUCCUCAAUGAGCGCUGCGGAAUUGGCUGCCCAGUACGGCCUGCUCAACAAGUGCGUGAUCAAUGUUCCCAAGCACUGGCUGACUCCCGACUUCAAGGCGUUUGUCGACGCGCUCGGUGUCAAGUACCAGUCCCUCAAGAAGCAGAAGGGCGCGAUUCUCGGAUUCCUGACCUUUGAAACUGUUGCACAGUCCGACGCCGCAGCAGCGGUUCUGUUGAAACAAACGCUCAGGGGCAGUCACUUGAAGAUCAGCGAAGCGCGGCCGAGAGCCUGGGAGUUGCGCGCGAUGGCGCAGCCGGGGGGGCUGGAAACGGUCGGAGAGAGGGUAGCGAGGAAGGGGGAAGGCGGAGGAGGGGCCGGCGUGAGAGUUGGAGGAGGGGGGAUCGGGGGGGCAGGUUAUGAUGAUGACAUCAGGAAGGAUAUCCGGGACGCGGUGACCCCCUGGUGGCGGACGGAAUAUGCGAAGCAGCUAGAGCAGAAGGAGGCGACGAUCGGACAGCUGCUGAAACGCCUGGUCCGAAAAGCUCGCAAAGCCUGGCCCCAGGGCGUCCCCUCCCCCGCGUGGUUGCGUCACUCCAAGAAGCACACGGGCAUGGCGUGCCCCCUGCUGGGGAUUGUCGCGUCUCCGGUUACGGAGGGGUACCGGAACAAGUGCGAGUUCACGAUUGGGCUUGGCAUGGACGGCCAGAGAACGGUUGGCUUUCAGCUGGGGUUGUUCCGAGAGGGUUACACUGCCAUCGCAUCGCCCCGGGAGUGCCUGAACGUGUCGCCGGUCUCGAAAGCCUAUGUCGAAAUCAUCCAGGACUUCAUUCGGACGUCCGAGCUCAGCGUGUGGGACAAGAAGGAGAAUAAGGGCGUUUGGCGAAUGGUUACGAUACGGGAAGGGCGGGCCGCCGCCGAGGGCGGGCCAGAAGACGGGAGCACCAAGAUUGGCGAGCAGGUACUGGUGAUGAUUCAAGUGAGCUCGAGGGACGCCCCCAGCGCCGACGCGCUGCAGUCAGAGUACGGGCGGCUGACGGAAGCGAUUUUCUCCGGAGCAGCUGCGCAAAGUCUGCCGUUAACGUAUCUGGUAGUUCAGGUGCACGAAGGCGUCUCCAACGCUGCCCCACCAGACGCUCCCCAGAUCAUUCUCGUGAACAACCGUACGGAAUCCGGUGGGGUCUCAAAUGGAACGGAAGCUUCGACCUCGAGUGACGCCGCGCACAUUUUCGAGCACAUGUGCGGGCUCAAGUUCCGGCUCUCGCUAUCGGCCUUCUUUCAGGUAAACACCGCUGCGGCUGAGAAGCUCUACCGCCUCGCCGGCGACUGGGCGGGCCUCAACCGGCGAACCCUCCUCUUCGACGUUUGCUGCGGAACCGGAACGAUCGGACUCACUCUUGCGGGGACCGUGGGCAAAGUCGUCGGGAUCGAGAUGAUUGCUCCGGCCGUCGAGGACGCACGGAAAAACGCGGAGCUGAACGGAAUCCGGAACUGCGAGUUUGUGUGCGGGAAAGCGGAGGCGGUCCUCGGGAAGCUGCUGGCGCGAUACGCGUCCCAGGUGGCGCCUGCUGACGCGGCGGCUGAUGCGGCAGCCCGGGAUGACGUCACAGACGGAGGAGAAGUGGGUGCUGACGUGGCGGCUAAUGGUGGCCGCCAAGCGGCUACUACUGAGGUGGCGCCAGCAGAGGAAGCGCGGGGUUCGGCAAUUGGGGCUGCGGAUGAGGAGAUCGGGGAAUUAAUAAACGCUGACUUGGCAGCGAAGGGGCCAAGAAGUGAUGACGUGGCGGCCAACGGGACUCCUGGGACGGACACGUCGGCCGCGAAGGAACGAGCAACGCCGAGCGUGGCUUCGGGCCCGGAAGCACCAGCCGCCUCGCUUGAAGGGGUUUCGGAAAGACGAAAACGCGGAGAUGACGUCAGCGGGGCAAGCGGCGCUGCGGUGGGGGCCUCUGGCGAGGACGUCAGUGGCGGGACCGGGUCGGCUUUGCGCGGGGAAGACGGAGAGGAGGCGCUAUUCUCGGACGUCGUCGCAAUCGUGGACCCGCCCCGCUGUGGGCUGCAUCCGAACGUGCUCAAAGCGCUGGCGGCCCACGAGCGCCUCCGGCGGCUCGUAUACGUAUCCUGCAAUCCGGAGAGCUUAUUGACCAACGUGCUCGAGCUAUGCGUUGCGAGUGGGGGGGCAAACCAGGGGCGUGGAAAGGGGGGGGCCAGGGCGCCCCCGCCAUUUCGACCAGUGAAAGCGAUGGCUGUUGAUCUGUUCCCCCACACGCCACAUUGCGAAAUGGUCAUGCUACUUGAGCGUUAGGAGCCGACCACGCUGGGCAGGCCAGGGGCUAAUUGGUGAUGACGUCACAUUACCAACCGUAUUGCUUGUUAGCUGGAAGUAGGGAAGCUGACAUGUUUACGGCUGGCUUUUUGCAGUCUUUAGAAUGGCGAAACAAUCUGAAUAAUC